AUGGCACAACCUACAUCAUGCAGAGAAAUAAAUCUUAAUAACUGUAAAGACGGAGAGUCAGUGAGUGGAAACUGUUAUUGGAAAACUUCUACUUGUGUAGAAAAAUAAUGUGAAAAUUUAGGUUUAAAUACUCAUGAUUAAUGUCAUAAUGUAUUGAGUACUUGCACUGUUGCUCAAGAUUUGUAAAAUUGUAUGAAACUAGCUACCGAAUGUAGUAGUUAUAAAAAAUAAGAGAAAUAUAAAUUUACUUCAGAUAAAUCUUUAUGUAGUUGGAGAAUUGAUAAAUGCGUUAAUAUAUAAUUUUCUGAUGCUGAUAAUUAUGAAUCUUAUAAUACAAACUUGAAAUGCUCAGAAUUUCUAACAAAAACAGACAAAUGCAUUGUUGUUGAGAGUGAAAAAUUUAGGGUGCAUUGA